CCUGUGUCCCCUCCCCUCUUCCCAAACAGGGCAUUUCCCUAACUUUUCCCUUUUUCUCACAAGGCUAUAGUUCAAUAUUCCAUUCUGGGGCACAUAUCCUCUCCCAAAAAUUCCGACUCUGGGCUCCUCGACGCCGAGGCACUCCGCUUUGUUGCAAGCCCCUGCUUUGGAGUGCACACCAGGACUUCUGAUCUAGAUCCCGGUCUAGACUCCUCAGCCUGGGUCCACACGGUGAACGGCGAGCCAGAGAGAGUGCGAGGUAACAGGGAGGUAACUGCGUUUUGGAGGGAUAGCCAGACGGACCGAUGGCAUCAGGGAAGCUGGUCCAGGUGCUGCUGGGAUGGGCGGCCAUGUGUGUCGGGUCGUUCCACUUGUGUUGGGGUGAAACUCCCGGGACAGGACAGCACCAAGCGAGCCGCUUCACCGGCACCGAGGACCAGAGAGAGGUGCAGCGGGUCAGACGCCGCGGCCAGGAGACUCUGAGAGGGCCCAAUGUUUGUGGCUCUCGCUUCCACUCGUACUGCUGCCCCGGCUGGAAGACUCUGCCGGGAGGGAACCAGUGUAUCGUCCCCAUUUGCAGGAAUUCCUGUGGUGAUGGUUUCUGCUCCAGACCCAACAUGUGUACCUGCUCGAGCGGCCAGCUCUCUUCCAGCUGUGGAGCAGGAGGAGGAGUUCAGUCCUGUAACGUCAGGUGUAUGAAUGGCGGCAGCUGUGCAGAGGACUCCUGCUCCUGCUCAAAGGGAUACACAGGAAACCACUGUGGACAGCCUGUGUGUGAGAACGGCUGUCAGAACAGCGGCCGCUGCAUCGGGCCCAACAGAUGCGCCUGUGUCUACGGUUUCACUGGCCCGCAGUGCGAGAGAGACUACAGGACGGGGCCAUGUUUCACCCAGGUGAACAACCAGAUGUGCCAGGGCCAGCUCAGCGGGAUCGUCUGCACCAAAACCCUCUGCUGCGCCACCAUUGGUCGAGCCUGGGGCCACCCCUGUGAGCAGUGCCCCGCCCAGCCACACCCCUGCAGGAGGGGCUUCAUCCCCAACAUCCGCAGCGGAGCGUGCCAAGAUGUGGACGAGUGCCAGGCUGUGCCAAAUCUUUGUGCCGGAGGAACUUGCAUCAACACCGUGGGAUCCUACGAGUGUAAAUGUCCCGCAGGCCACCGUCAGAGUGAAACCAGCCACAAGUGUGAAGACAUCGAUGAAUGCACCACCAUCCCGGUGUGUGUGAUGGAGGAGAGUGCAGCAACACGGCUAGUAGCUACGUCUGCACCUGUCCACGAGGCUACGUCUCCAGCACAGAUGGCACCAGAUGUGUGGAUCAGCGUGUUGGCACCUGUUUCUCGGCUCUGGCUAACGGGCGCUGUGCCGCGGAGCUGAACGGCCAGUACACGAAGAUGCAGUGCUGCUGCGACACGGGACGCUGCUGGGCACUGGGACAAAUCCCCGAGAUGUGCCCUGUCAGGGGGUCUG